AUCAACAUAUACAAGAACAGUAUAUAAUAUAUUCUUAUUUAUAAAGGGUUUAUAAUACAGGUAUUGAUACUUGUUACUGUACUAAUAGGAGUUACGUUACUUCUCAUAUUCAUAUCAUACAAAUUGUUGCCAUUAAUAGAUUUUGGUACAUACUACUCCAUUGUUUCCUGUAUAUUACUGUAUGUUGAAUAGCAUUUCUUUCAUAUUACUUAUAAUACUUUCAUAACUUAAAUCAAAUACAAAUGCAAUAUAAGUAAACAGUUAAAGAUGGUGGAGAAUAUAUGUAGAUCAGGUGGAUGAUUUUGAUAAUUUUGCUCUCUGAACAGGAUGAAUUGGUCGUAAAGCUUUGAUUAAUUCUCAACAACUCACAACUCAUGAUCUCAAGUAUUAAAAUCACCAUAAUGUUCACAUAAUCAUUUCUUAUAUGAAUCAACAUAUGCUCACUAAUGACUCUUUUUAAGCGGUAUUUCCUGGAUUUCUAGUAAAAAACAAUGACUGAUGGAGUUGAACCGGGUCUGUUGUGAAAUUGAAAAUCACUGAACGCAAUGAUGGACGGUGGCACAUCUUCAUCAAUUCGCUGAAGUUAGACACCAACACCGUUGAAUGACGGCCAUGUCAGUGGUCCAGUGGUUGGGCGCUCGCGCAUGAGACCAAUAGUUUUGGGUUCAAACCUCUCGGGGCGGGAUCGUGAAUUCGUACUGCUGCGAAGUCCCACGCUGAGACUAAAGACCGUCCAGUACUUCCAAGUUUUUAUGGUACUCUAGUUUUAAUUGACUCAUGAUCUCAAGAAUUGAAAUUACUAAAGUAUCCGCAAAAGCCGUUGUGAUUUUGUUUAUUCUUGAUGUGUUUUGUAGAGUCAUUGCUUCAGUAAUGGCAUUAUUGAUUGCUUUUGCCAAGAAGAUAAAUGAGAAGUAUCCAUUGAAUGUCAGUCUUGCAAUAAUUUAUUCAAUAUGCGUUGCUACGGCGAUUGGAUUUUGGAAUUUAGACGUGCCUAUUACUAUUCAUUUUGGCGCUUUCGCAAUCGAUUUGGCCAUUUUUACAUUUGCUUUAUUAAUUGGUGCAUCAAUUGAAACAAAUUUAAUGGAUUCCUUCAAAGUUCUAUUAUUUAUCCUUUUAGUUAUAUCAGCUAUAAUUAUUACAGUUAUGGUUGUCAUCUAUUAUCUUCAUUCAGAUGAUGCAGUAGUAUUAGGCCUGUUCAUAUGUGCAGAAAUAUUACUAUUUAUUAUGACAAUAUUUUUCAGUCAUUUCACAGUUGGAAAAUCACGGUAUCGAUUAUUUUACCCAAAUUAUACACUAGCAGCAUUAUUAUUGUACAUUAUGUUUUCAACUGCCUUGCCAAUCACUGAUGAUCUGUUUCGUAUCAUAAUGAAUAAUUGGAAUGUAACCAAGUAAACUGGAAUUUCAUUUCAUAAGGACAAAAUAUUACUGCAUUAUAGACUGUUAAACAUUUUUUCAUGUUAACUAUCUUGAAUACACGAUAACACAUAUAUUGAAUGAGAUGAAAGUUUUUCAGAAUAUACUUCAAUAGUUU